GAAGUGUGUUUCAAUAUUUAUAUUAUCGUUAUCGUUAUCGCAAUAUUAUCGUUAAUUUAUAGGACAAACGAUUCAGGCAAUGUAUUUUACAAAUUUCCUGAAGAAAUAAAUCCAAUUACUCAUUCAUCUUGGACUUUGUUUCCUAUUCGAAAGGUACUGGACGUUCAUCAGACAGAUGGAAUAGCAGCAGAAGAUGUAAUCAUUGUACGUCUGUCUUUAUUGUGGACUCUUUUGUUGUUCAAAGAAAGACCUUCUGUAUUUUAUAUGUUUACUGGCAUCAAUGAAUUUUAUAUACGCCUUGCAGAAAUAUUUCUUCUUGGUCCUCAGGUAUUCCAAGAUGAUUGUAUUUGUGCUUGCAUUAAUCGGUUAUUGCGGGAGUUUCUGAUUCCAUAUGCUUCAAACGGUCUUCUUGCUUUCGGUUUAACUGACUCUAUUGCUGGAUUGGACGCUUUUAUACCAUUCUAUGAAGAACUGUUGCAACGUUUUGAGGAAUUUUCAAUGGGAAAUGAUCUUUUUACGCUAAUAAUAUUGAUUGGAGCUUACUUGAAUUCAAAUAUUUUAAGUGGAUUGUUGAUGAAAUCAGCUCUUUGGUCUUAUGACAGAAAUGUUGUAAGGCAAAUGACACUAAAGAAAACGAGGAAUUUUUUGGAAUACAUGGAAGCAGACAUCAGUAGAUCACGUAUUGAAGUAGAAGACAAAUAUUAUGCUCAAUAUGCAACAUUGCUUGGAUUGUAUGCCCGAGCAAUACGUGAUUCAGUUAUUACUCGAGAACGUAAUGAACUCGUAUUUUAUAUUGCUUCAGUGGAAUUGGGUUUGUUUGAAAGGAAACAAGGAAAGGAAUUCCAGGCACUUAUUUCAAUGAUAAGAAAAUCAGUUAAUGAUAAGUUAUCGUUGUGA